GCUAUGUUUGCUGUCCCAAAAUUAAAGCGACGCGAGCUGUCAGUGACAUUUGCAAUCGUUUGAGUGUUUUGCGUUGGUUUUGCGUGUUUUUUUUUCCCUGGAAAAUCACUGUGAGAAGGUCACGAAAAUGAGUGCUUACGAGGAAGGAUCAGGCGCUGAUGACAUCAGUGAAGAUGGACAAGUGAGAUCUCCGGAUAAUAACGAUGAAAGUUUUGGCGAGGCCGAGGGCACUGAGGACUCCCUGGACAUCAAACCGCCGCAGGCAACGCGUCAUCCGGGGCGCAUUCGCGACAAGCGGCGAGAGUACAAGGAGAAGCGUCAUAUGAGGGAUCAUCGCCACAGAUCCGGACAUGAGCGUCCGGAGAGGCACGACAGACGCCACAGCGGCCACCACGGCAGGGGCGAGUAUCACCACCAGCCGCCUAGGAGGCAUGACGAGAGGAAGCACUACGGGCGGCCAAGGGAAAUGUACAGGAAGCCGCGCAGUCCAGAGAAGUCUGAGGCGGACAGAAUGCUGGAGGAUUUGCGGAGUCACUUGCUGAGCAAGCGCAACAAAAUGGAGGCGGAAAUGGCCAGGCGGGCGCCCAAGUAUCAGCACCAGGAGAAGAGGCAACUGCACGAACGCAGGCGAGAGCAUCGAGAGCACCGACGGAAUGUGGAGGACAUCGACAGUCCGGAGAACUACGGAGACCAGCAGCCGAGCGGCUCGGGGCGGCCGAGGGAGCGCUACGAGGACCCGGAGCAGGCGGCCAGGAAGGCGAAGUUGCUGGAGAUCGACAGGGAGACGAGCAGGCGAAAGGAGCAGGCGCGGGAAGAGCUCAGAGCGCGCCGGGAGAUGCACAGGGAAGAGCGCAGGGACGAUACAAAGCACCACCGGCACGAGGACGAUGGCUCAGUGGUGCACAAGAGGCGGAAGUUGGCGCCGGAGAGUGAGGAGCAAGUGAUCACGGUGUCGGACAAGUCCGAGGAGAGCGACUCUGAGUCGGACAGCAGCGAGAGCUUCGAGGACUCCCAGAACUCCGAUGAAGACGACGAGGACAUUCCCAACAGUCCUCUGUCCGUGGGCGAUCUGUCAAAGUCCGAGCACAGGCAUAGAAACUCCUCGCGGAACAGCUCCAAGUCGAAAACUCAAUCUCCCGGAUCAGCUUCCGGCUCGCCGUCCGACGGCAGCGCAUCGGGCAGUUCGGAUUCCGAGGCGCCCGGCAGCAGGGCGUCCUCCAGAAGUCCCUCGAAGCGCGAGCGAGAUGCCCAGAUCUUCCAAGAGGAGGACGAGCAGCCAGAGAAGCCCCCGGAGAGCGCCCCAGAGGCGGAAAAUGCCGUUGCGGAGGAGAAGCCAAACCCGGCCGAUGAUCUGCCGUCGUACUUUCCCGCGCUGCAGGGCUGUCGCUCAGUGGAGGAGUUCCAGUGCCUGAAUCGCAUCGAGGAGGGCACGUAUGGGGUGGUGUACAGGGCCAAGGACAAGCGCACGGAGGAGAUUGUGGCGCUGAAGCGGCUGAAGAUGGAGAAGGAGAAGGAGGGCUUCCCCAUCACAAGUCUGCGCGAGAUCAACACGCUGCUGAAGGGACAACACCCCAACAUCGUGACGGUGCGCGAGAUCGUGGUGGGCAGCAACAUGGACAAGAUCUUCAUCGUGAUGGACUACGUGGAGCACGACCUCAAGAGCCUCAUGGAGACGAUGAAGCACAAGAAGCAGGCCUUCCUGCCCGGUGAGGUGAAGUGCCUCACGCAGCAGCUGCUGCGCGCCGUGGCGCACCUGCACGACAUCUGGAUCCUGCACAGGGAUCUCAAGACCUCCAAUCUGCUGUUGUCUCACAAAGGCAUCCUCAAGGUCGGCGACUUCGGCCUGGCGCGCGAGUACGGCUCGCCGCUGAAGCCCUACACGUCCGUGGUGGUGACGCUGUGGUAUCGCGCCCCGGAAUUACUGCUGGGCUGCAAGGAGUACUCGACGCCCAUCGAUGUGUGGUCCGUGGGCUGCAUCUUCGCCGAGUUCCUGGCCAUGACGGCGCUCUUUCCCGGCAAAUCCGAGAUCGACCAGCUGAACAGGAUCUUCAAGGAUCUGGGCACGCCCAAUGAAAAGAUCUGGCCGGGCUACGGCGAACUGCCGGCGGUGCAGAAGAUGACAUUCACCGAGUAUCCCGUGUCGCAACUGCGCAAGAAGUUCGCGCAUCUCACCAGCGAGCUGGGCCUGUCGCUGCUGCAGGGACUACUCACGUACGACCCGAAGCAGCGCCUGACGGCGGAGCAGGCGCUGAAGAGCCACUACUUCAAGGAGCUUCCGCUGUCCAUCGAUCCGGCCAUGUUCCCCACGUGGCCGGCCAAGAGCGAGCUGGGCGUGCGGAAGGCGCUGGCCAGCAGCCCCAAGCCGCCAUCCGGUGGCGGUCAGUUCAAGCAGCUGGGCGAGGACGGAGCGGACAACCCGUCGGGCUUCCACCUGGGCGGCAGCCUGCUGGAGUCCCGCCAGCUGGCCAUGGGCCCGGGAUUCAGCCUAAAGUUCUAAAAUACACAUUC